AUGUCGACAUUCGGUGACUACUUCCGGGUGACGACGUAUGGAGAGUCGCACUGCCAUUCGGUCGGGUGCAUUGUGGAUGGCUGCCCUCCUGGCAUGGCUUUGAGUGAGGGUGACAUUCAACCUCAGAUGACUCGACGAAGACCAGGCCAGAGCGCCCUCACUACCCCUCGAGAUGAGAAGGAUAGGGUUGAGAUCCAGUCGGGAAUAGAAUGUGGCUUUACUCUAGGUACACCAAUCGCUUUGAUUGUUCACAAUGAGGACCAAAGACCCAAGGACUAUGGCGGUAGCACAAUGGACUUAUACCCUCGUCCAAGCCAUGCCGACUUUACUUAUCUUGAGAAGUACGGAGUUAAAGCUAGUAGUGGAGGAGGCCGCAGUAGUGCGCGCGAGACAAUAGGACGUGUUGCCGCUGGUGCUAUUGCAGAGAAAUAUCUCAAACUCGCCCAUAAUAUUGAAAUUGUCGCCUUCGUUUCCUCUGUUGGCAAGGAAGACCUUUUUCCUCCUUCACCUGAAUAUCCUUCAUAUUCGAGAAACCCCAAUUUUUUGAGACUGAUUGGAGCAAUCACUCGUGAGAAGGUGGAUGAGUUUGCUCCUGUUCGAUGCCCGGAUACAGAAGCUUCCCAGCGUAUGACUGAAGCCAUUGAGGUGUUCCGUGAUAAGAAAGACAGCAUCGGAGGCACCGUCAUGUGCGUUAUUCGAAACGUUCCAACCGGUCUAGGAGAGCCUUGCUUUGAUAAGUUAGAAGCAAAGCUUGGUCACGCAAUGAUGAGUAUUCCUGCCACUAAAGGAUUUGAAAUUGGUUCUGGCUUUGGUGGCUGCGAGGUCCCGGGGUCAGUCCACAAUGAUCCAUUUAUUUUUACACCGGAAUUUGGCGAAAUCAAUGAUAAGAAGCGAAUGACCACGAAAACAAACAAUUCUGGUGGUAUUCAGGGUGGUAUUUCGAAUGGAGCCGACAUCUACUUCCGCAUCGCUUUCAAGCCUCCUGCGACCAUUGGUCAGGCGCAGACGACAACCAAAUAUGACUUCGAGGAAGGAGUCCUUGAAGCCAAGGGUCGCCAUGACCCCUGUGUUGUACCCAGAGCUGUGCCAAUUGUCGAGGCUAUGUCCGCGCUUGUCAUCAUGGAUGCCCUUCUGGCACAAAAUUCCCGUGAGGCUUCGAGAAGUUUACUUCCAAAGUUGCCCAAAUCUCUGCCCAUAAGGCCCGAUAUCACGUACUAA